AUGUCUUCCACAUCAUCAAAAUCUACAACAACUGUAACUACUUCAACGAAAUCUUCCACAUCUUCAAUGUCUACAACGACCGUAACUACUUCAACAAAAUCUUCCACGUCUUCAAAGUCUACAACAACUGUAACUACUUCAACGAAAUCCUCCACAUCUUCAAUGUCUACAACAACAACUUCUGCUUCUACCAUUUCUCCAAAAACGACGACUUUUCUUUUAACAUCACCAGCAAUAGCUACUCCACUAGCGCUCUCAGCUCAAAUAGAAGCACAAUAUUGGUGGUAUUGGUGGUGUUGGUGGCAUCCAACAAGUACU